UGCAGUUCUUCCCUUUCUCUCUCCUUCCUUCCUCUACUCACUUAAAGAAAAUUCUGAGUCAUGUUGUCCGCUAUUCCGGCGAUAUCCCCAUCGGAUCCGGCGAUCGGAAACCCUUUUUCAAACUUUGAAAAUCGGUUCAUCCCAUGGGACGGUGACCUAUUUUCAGCCGUAACCCAGUCAGCUCCCCCAAAACCAGUGGUUUCGAGUUCCGGUUCGGAUGAAAUGAACCAGAAACAAACCAACUCAAACUCCGGUUGCGAUGAAACGAAACCUCCGGCGUCAGUUAUCGAUGAGCGGAAGCAAAGACGCAUGUUAUCGAACCGGGAGUCAGCGAGAAGGUCACGCAUGCGGAAACAGAGGCAUUUAGAAAACCUAAGGAGCCAGCUGAACCGCCUAAAGAUGGAGAACCGAGAACUAACAAACCGGUUGCAGUUUGUUUUGUUUCACUGGCAACUUGUAAGAACAGACAAUGAUCGGCUCCGAUCCGAGCACAGCUUGCUCCGACGUAAACUGUCGGAAUUGCGUGAAUUGUUGAUGUUCCGGCAACUCCAACAGUUUACGUCUGCAUGGGCAUGCAGUAACGUCACAAGUUAACAAACCCCGUCAAUAAUCACAUAAAUUUAACUAUAAUAAAGAUUCCACUAAACUGUAAAACAAGAACAAAGAGUCGUCUCAAUUUCUCUCGUUUAUUAUGUAACUAAAAUUAGCUGUUCAAGUUAAGAUAUAUAAGUGGUGGGGUUUUCGGUCAUUUUUGGGCAACCGCGGCUUUUGUUGUUAUCAUUGUUAUUAUUACAGUGUAAAAAAUUAAUUAGCCAGUGUUUUGUUUUUG